AUGGCGAGAGAAUACUCGUCAGCAACCCUCAGCCCGCUGAAGAUGGGGCGGUGGGAGCUCCAGCCGCCGCCGCUGGGCAGAGUCAGCGUUGUCCUGGCCAACUUCAUCGCCGUCAUGGUGUUCUGCUUCUACAAGCUCAACACCUUGGACAAGUGGUCGUGGGAGACGGUCGGGUACCGGACCGGGUUCAUGACCGUCGCCCAGCUGCCGCUCAUCUUGCUGCUGGCCGGCAAGAGGAACAUCAUCGGCUUCCUGACGGGCUCCAGCCACGAACGGCUCAACUGGCUGCACCGAUGGACCGCCAGGACGCUCUGGAUGUCCGCUACCGUCCACAUGGGGUUCUGGUUCCGCAGCUGGGGGCGCUUCAACUACAUUGCUACCAAAGUCAGAACGGAUCCCCUGACGCAGCGAGGGAUAGCAGCCUGGUCUAUCCUUACCUUCAUCCUCUUUGCCACUCUUUCGCCCGUGAGACGCUGGAGUUAUGAGCUUUUCUUCGUCUCCCACGUUGUGACUUAUGCGGGCUUCAUUGCUGCUGCAUGGCUGCAUGCCGAGCCCGAGGUUAAGAUGUGGGUUUGGGUGUCUAUUGCUCUCGUUGUCUUUGAUCGAGUAGCCAGGUGGGCGAUGAUGGUUUGGUCGAACCUCGCUAUCUUCUCCCGGUCAUCUUCCCGCAGUAACUCCCCCUCUUCUUCUCUGUGGGCGAACUAUGCUACAUUCGCCCCCUUGGCUGGAAAUGUUACCAGAGUCACCAUCCGCAACCCAGUCAUCUCCUGGAAGCCGGGCCAGCAUGUCUUCCUCUUCGUCCCUGCUCUUGCCCCCUUCCAAAGCCAUCCGUUCACCAUCUCUUCCCUUCCAUCGGACAACAAGAUAGAAUUCCUCAUCCGUGCCGAGUCAGGUGCUACCAGAGCCAUUCUCAACCACGCGGGGAAGUGGAAUACCACCAUCGACUCGGACUCAACUCGUCUUGUUGCUCUCGAUGGACCAUACGGCGCUAUCAGGCCCCUUCGCCAGUUCGACAGUGUCGUCUUCUUCGCAGGCAGCAUGGGAGUAACUUUCACCAUGCCAUUACUGCGUGACAUUGUCGAGGGCUGGAAGGGAGAAUGCAACGGCGGUUCCGUCCCCAUUACCAAACAUAUCCAUUUUGUCUGGGCCAUUCGUUCCCAUUCACACAUCUCAUGGUUCCAGAAGGAGCUGGAGUCUCUCAUGCGGGACGUGGAAGACUGCCGAGCAACCAACUCCAAGUUCAGGCCAACGUUUGAAAUAAGCAUAUACCUCACUUCCGAUCCUCAUCUGUCUGCUACUAGCCCUUCGGCUCACGGUACCGGUCUACAUAUACAACGUACCCCUUCGACAGCUUCCGAUUCAUCUCAGACGACAUCCCUUUCCCCCCUUGUUUCCUGGGAAAAGGGUCUAUCUUCCAAGUCCCCAGUCUGUCUCAGGACGGGUAGACCGAAUAUCGACAACAUCAUUCUCUCGACUCUUGAGGUGGCAGAGGGCGAGAGCGCUGUCGUCGUAUGCGGUCCCAGUGGGCUCAGCACAGAUGUACGACGCAACGUCGUCUCUCUAUCUGACGAACGAGCAGUACAUAAAGGUACAGGGGCGCAGGGUAUAUAUUUACAUGUCGAGGAAUUCGGUUUCUAA